AUCCGUGGGAUUUUCUACCACAAAAGAGGUAAAUCUGAUGUAGAAUGGUCAAUUGGAGAAAAGGACAGAGAGGCGCAAAUUAUAAAUGCAACUGGAGGACGACGAGCUUACCGUUACUACACAACAGACAAAAAAAUUAGAUGCAGGAAUUGUGAUAAGCAUGGUCAUUUGUCUAAAGAUUGUCCUACACCAAAGAAAAGUCCAGUCUGCUGCCUUUGUGGUGAGAAGGACCAUUUUCAGAACUCCUGUCCAGAGCGACCUUGCUCAAACUGCAGCUUGCCUGGUCACUUCUAUCGAGAAUGUAUUGAAAGGCCUUACUGGAAAAAACAUUGCCACCGCUGUGAAAUGGCAGGUCACUACGCUGAUGCUUGCCCAGAAACAUGGAGGCAGUAUCACAUAACGGUCACUCCAGGGUCACCUGUAAGAUCACGUAUACAACCUACUAGUAAGAAAAAGGGAUACUGCUACAACUGUGCUCAGAAAGGACAUUAUGGUCAUGAGUGUGUAGAGAAACGAAUGACUCCUUGGAUUUUACCAACAAGUCCUUUUGUAUAUUCCUACGAUAAUGAAUACAGCAUAGCAAAGAGGGAGAAAAGAAUAUACAGAAAAAUUCAAGAACUUUGUGAAGCAGGCCUCUGGGAAUUGCCUUUGGCAGCAAAGAGACCGCGGAUUGAGAAUAACUGCACAACAGAGCCAUUAACAAAAAAGAAAAAGAAAAAGAAGAAAAAAAGAUCCAGAGGAAUGUGUAAAGGUUUAAAGGAGGAGAAAUAUAAGCCAGACAAAAAGAAGAAUGCAAGGCAAGUGAAUGAAAACCAGAAAAGGAGUCAAAGACAAGAAUUCUUAUCUUGUGAAGGAAUGGAAGAUGCUUUCCCUAGAGGAUCCAUGAUCCGCCAUCAAGUUGUUAAUGCCACCCCACAACAGCACAGUAACAGUGCAGUUUUAUUCUUUCAUGGCCGUGAAAAGCAGAGAGAGCUUCCAGCCAUUACCAAGAAGAGAAGAAGGAAAAGGAUGGGCAAAAAAGCUAUUAAACAUGAGAGUUCAGAAGCCACUGAUAACUUAUUCCUAAUUAAGCAAAGGAAGAGGAAAAGAAAUAGGUCUCAGAAAUUGUGAAGGUCUGUUCGAAAACAUCAUGACCAGAAUGAGAACCUUUUAAAACUGUUUUUAGUAAAUACUGGCAUAUUCAUUUCUAAUUUGUUUUCAUGUGAUAAUAGAGUACACAAAAGUUAACUGAUUUACUCAGGGUCUCCCAGUAUGUAAAUCGGACUUUGGGAUCUAAACUGUUUUCCCCUUGUUCACACCAUAGUGGUUCAUUUUCCACGUAGAAGCAGAACUUAAAUGGCUUACAGCUGGUUGCCUCUCUGCUAAUAAAAGUGUUAAAAUGCAA